AUGGAAGCCAACCCUUUGAAGCUAGCUUCCCACAAGCUUCUCACAAAUGUUAUCUUCAUUCUUCUAGCCAUAUCAGGCAUCACUUCAGCAUGCAACAAUUCUAGUUCCACCCAAACCUACAGAAACUACAUUAAGGCCUCUUGCAAUUCAACCACAUAUCCAUCAAUAUGCUACCGCACUUUAUCUCCCUAUGCUUUAAAAAUUGAAGCAAAUCCUCUGAAGCUGUGCAAUGUGUGUCUCUCCCUUGCCUUAAAGGCAGCUCAUAGUGCAUCCUCCACCAUAUCAAAGAUUCUGAAGAGCAAUAAUUUGACAAGCAUUGAAGAACAAGUUGUACAAGAUUGCUUUGGUGAUGUAAAGGACUCUAUUGGAGAAUUGAAGGACUCUCUUGAUACCAUGGGACAUUUGACUGGCACUGAUAGAAAUUUUCAGAUUAGUAACAUAAAGACUUGGGUGAGUGCUUCUAUCACCAAUGAAGAAACGUGCUCAGAUGAGUUUGAUGAGAUGAAUGUGAAUGCCACCUUGAGGGACAAAAUCAGGAACAUUGUUUUGGAUGUGGCAAGGAAGACUAGCAAUGCUUUGUAUUUCAUCAACCAUUACACAUACUAA